AUGAUUUUGUUCACUCAGGGCACUGACUUUAAUAGCACAGCUGGUUUUGAUGCACUGUGCAAGCGAAUGAGAGAUGGGAGACAAAUGACUCAGGAUUUGGAAGACUUUAUUAGACAAAGGUAAGACUGUGUACAAACAGUUAAUGUUCAGAACCCUGGCAUAAUGAGUGGAAUUCAAGCCCCUAUAGUUAUAGUGAAUUUGUGGUACAGGACACAAGUAAAAUUGUGACAUUCCCCACCUGUUCUAAUAAUGAUUUUUCCAGGCCAUUUAUAGUUCUUUCCUUCCUCCGCUCUUGCCUUCUUUUGUGUGAUAUAUAUAAUGAUACUAUAUUUUUUGGGUAAUUAAGCGCUACACUUUGUGAAUUGGUUUUGUUAGAUCUAUACUUUAAUUUAAAGGUUAAAAAUCAACAUUAGCUAUCAGCUUGGUGGGAAAAUAACUACUGACCAAGUACUGAGCCAUUGCACUAAACAGGGCCUGCAUGGUUCCUGAAAGGAUGAUUACAACACUCAUCCAGGACUGGAUUAAAAUUUUAAUCCAUCAUCCUUUAUCCUUUGAUAUCAUUUUGAGUAUCGAUCAGUUUUUAUUAUCAACAUCCUGUUCUCAGAUUAAAGGCUAAAAAAAUACCUUGUAAGCUUUUCACUUGCAUGUCCUGAGGGCUAGACAAGAAAACUGGGUCUAAAAUUUGGAUUUUUAUUGAGCAAGCCCAACCAUCUUUUGAGAACCAGGCCUUAUAAGUGCAUGCUGUCCACUGAAAAGAUAUAGGCACUGAGUCGUGUAUCUCUAUCUUGUGGAUAUUGUAUACUUUUACCCUAGGUACUACAGUGAUUUUGUUCCAAAUAGUUAUGGUGAGUCCUGGGACUCAUCAUGUGAAAAAUCAUGAGUCCCUGUUCAUUUAACAGAUGAGUCCCAGCUUGUUCAAAAAAAAAAAAAAUUACUCUUACACAUGUACUUUAAAUUGAAAAUGCUUGGGCCUUUUUGUAACCACACAGAUAAAUCUGGAACCAGCUGAUGCCAAAACUCUUUAUUACAAGAUGCUGACAUUAGAAUAUAGUCCUUUUAUAUUAAUUUAAAGCAUGAGAAAAAAACAAUUAUUUUGCAUCUUUAAACAACAGCUACAGAAAUCACGUGAACAGGAUUAUAAUAAUUCUACCAAAAAAAAAAAUCUUCAAAUCAAUUGAUUGUUGUUUGCGUCCUGCAGGAUGCAUUUCAUGAAUUAUUUUCAUCUUUAAUUUGGGGAUUAUUUUUAUGUAUCGGAGACACAGGACGCAGAAGUAACAAAAUCACUGUGUAGUGUAGCUUCCUUAAAUCUUUUUCGAUUUUUUACCCAAUGUAUGGCAUAAUUUUAUUCUUCAUUUGAAUAACUGGGACCAGAACCUGAUGGGGUCUCUAUGUGGCAACAAAACAAAAAAAAUUGAUUUGUAACUAAUCUAAAUGUAUUUCAAUUCUCUUGCUCUCCUUGCUGAUAUACAAGGGUAGAGGAUAUUACAUGGCUGUGCGGAGAGAUAAACAACAUUUCUCUUCAAGUGUUAGAAAACCUUUCGCUCUUUCACUUUGCUCACUCAUUAUUUCUUCAACAUGGGAAAAGAAAUUUUGUUUCUCCAAGUGGCCAUGUGCAAUCAUGUAAUGUUCUGUUUUUAAAAAUUAUCUUAAUAUAUUGAUCACCAGAAAUAAAAUAAUGUUACAUGUAGUUACACAAACCAUUUCACUUUAUUUUCUUUUUAGCUGCAAAAGGCGUGAUUAAUCAUGUAGCCAUAGCAACAAUGAUCUAAUUCCCACAAGUGAAGAAUUAACAUGUUAUGUAAUUUGUGAAGAUAUCAUGUUUUCACACAAAGGCUCACCUGGUAUUUCAUGUAAUUCAACAUGAUAUAUCAUAAUUAUUCUAAUAUUUUUUAUUAGGGCUGAUGCUGAGGAGAAGUAUGGAAAGGCUUUGAUAAAACUUGCAGAAGGUGCUAAAGGCAAAGAUGAGAUUGGGUAUGGAUUGAUAAGUACAGACAGUGGAAAUAAAAUUUAUACAAUAACUAAUGGUCCAAACUGAGAUCAACAGAUGUUAUGCUCUUACUAAUACACUGUACAUAAUAUAUAAACAAAAAGUCACACUUUCAUCCUUUUAUCUUGUAUUAAAGUCCUUUAGUCACGACCAUUUACUCAAUAUUAUCAACAAACAGAAAAAUAAAAUUGGCCUUGGGAAUUAAUGCGUGACCUUGUCCUGCUAUAAGUUUAGACUGUAGUUUAGAGACCCUUCCAGUUCUCUCUCUUGUGAAUAGUUGUCAUGGGUUAAAGAAAAAAGUGUUCCUUUUUGGUGGAAGCAUACGAAGCAGUUCAUAAUGUUUCAACACAUUUGCCACUAGUUUAUGAGAUAAGAGAACUAUUGUGGUAACAUGAGUUUGAAUGAUGGCAUGAAGCAGAUCAACCAUCUUCCUCCAUUUUGGAGUUUUAUGGUGACUGUAAUUAAUUUGGAAGUUAGAGUAUGUCAUCCUUUUGUAUUGUUAAGUUUAAUCAUAGUUAAUUGAGUGGAAUGGUUAUGAAACCCGUCAGACUCCUUUGUUAUAUGUUUUUGUGGACCUGAAAGUGCACAACGUUCAAAAGAAUUCCUAUCAUUUUGAUUGUAUUGACCAAUAAAAAUAAUUUGCCAACAGAAAACAAAGGAUUGUGCACUUUCAGGGUGCUUCCAACAUAAACUGCAGCACUGUUGUUUUUAUCAUUGAUGUUUGCCGCUUUUCAUAACCAGUCUCCUCUAAUAACUAUGGUUUAAUUUAUAAUUUCCAGUGAAUUCAAGAGGGGGUCAGUUGACCCAGGAUCAGUGUUUUGUCCUAACCCCAUGAAAAUCCCUUCAUCCUGACCAAUUGCCCCUUGACAAGGAGAUUUGUUGGGAGAACUGAAGUUUUCCUGAAAACAAAAGAAAACAGUUUAUUAUAUAUUGUUUAUAAUCCUUAUACAUUAUUGGCAUUCUUAAAUCAUAUUAAAUUUUUCUACUCUUUUUGGGCCCACUUGCUGUUACUUUGUCUCCUCUAACCCACUCAAUGUAUUUUUUCCCUUCAUAAUUAUAUUAUAUCAUAUAAUAUCAGGUUUUGCUUUGCUUGUCUUCUUUAAUUUGGUAGUGCAACAAAAUGAAAAAAAAAUAAUGUCUAUAACUGGCACAUAUAUUCAUUUAAAUUAAUUGCACAACUUUUGGGAAAUUUUCAGUUUACAAUGUGUUUAUGUUAUUUUUUGUAGGACCCUUAGAGAGUCCUGGGAUGUCCUUAAAACAGGUAUAAAAUGAUAUUUAUCUGUCAAUAAACUUAUUAACCUUUAAAAAUUUAACAAAGUAUCACUCCAGUUCUCUGCCUCCACCCCUCUGGAAAUCCCUUUUCUCCCAUAUAGAUAGUUUCUGUAUCCACACAAAACUGAAGGUCCAGAGUGAAUUAAAUUUAAAUUAUUGAGAAGGACUAGAAGAAAACACAAACAAAAAAUAAUUAUAUUCAAUGUGCUGUAAAAAAGAAGAUGAACUUUGAGUGUCAUUGUAUUUAGCAUGGAUUUCUCAUUAGGGACAGACACUAUUUUUUUGUCUCCAACUGGAGACGGGACUGUCAUUUUACAUGGUCAUCGGAGCCACUCAAAGGUCUAGCCACUUGCAGUGCAAAGGGAGUACCUUUAUUACUCAGUUAUUUUCUAAGACCCUGCAUGAGUAUUGGUCUGGCCCCUGGAAUCCACCACCUCCCACACUGCAAUCGAGCGCUGUACCGACUGAGCUAAUCCUGCCCAAACUUAUACAUGCCUUUGAUUUGAUUUACUAUACCUUAGGGACAUAAACAAACUAACCAAGUGACAGACAAGCCAUGCGAACGACUUUGUAAAACUAAAAGCCAUGCAAGGGAGAAACCUCUGCUCACAGAGUAUAGAAUCUCAUGCCCUCAAGAGUUAGGCCUGAGAAUUAUUGUUCAUCAGACGUUUGGGAUUUAGGAAGUGAUGGAAAUGACUGUUUGAUAUUCCUGUCACAGUACUGUUUAUCACUGAAUACUAGAAUUUAGUAUUCAGUAACAGUACUUUAACCCUGUAAGCCCUAAGAGUGAUCAGCAUCAAAUUUCUCCUUGUAAUAUCAAUUUUAUUUGUAAAACAGAGUAGUCAUGAGAAUUACGGACAUGAUCUUACAAGAUGAAUUUGCUUGAUAUUUUAUCAACUUCUCCCCACUUAACUUCUGUAAGAAAAAUGAAUAGGGGCAACAAAUGAGAAUUCAAAUUUUGAUUUUAGGGUUUAAAGGGUUAACAGGAAUUAAUAGACCGUUUUACCGAUAUGGCAGCCAUAUUGAAUUACUUCGAUUUAAGGAGUAUUAUGGGUUGCCCAUGGGGCAUGAGCACCAUCGUACUCGCUUAGUAUUAGAAAUAUGGCUUUCAUUUUUAUUUUCUCAGGAAAAAGGCCAUCAUCAACGAUCUUUUUUCCCAUUACAAUCUAAUUAGUCUUAGAAAAAUUUAAGAAAAAAUGCCUCGAAAGGCGCUGGUAAAUAUAAGUAAAAGAAUGUGCUUAUGCCUCCUGGGCAUCCCAUAGAACUCCUUAAAUCUAACCUAUUCAAUGUGGCUGCAGUAUCGGUAAAAAGGUCUAUUAAACAGUCAUAAUUUAUGAAUUGCAUCCACAACAAUCAUGUACAUGUACAUGUAUUGUAUGUGAAUUGUUAUUUGCUAUUGCUAUUACGUUUGUUUAUUUUUGUCUACAGAAACAGAAAAUAUUGGCAAAGCACAUAUUUCUCUGGCUCAGCAACUUAUUGAACAACUAGAACAAUGUAUCAGUCAUUUUAGAGAAGCACAGCGCGAAAAACGGAAGAGGGUAAAAUUCCAUUAUUAAAUUUUUGAAAUACAUGUUUGUCACAUUGUUAGCAUAGUCCAUGACCAAUCGGCUCCAGUGCUUGCAGGUGACCUGUUGCGCCAGUUUUCUGGAAUUCUAAAAUUAAUGUAAGUGACUCAGACCAAAAGUUGUGUCCCUUAAUGUUGUGUAAAACUGUUGUCAAUUAGUUACGUGAUUUUGAAAAUAGAGAGGAGAUUACCCUGGCUGAGUUCAGAUCGAGUUAGUUGAAAACAACAAUAUUAAAAUGGCCAUAGAACAAUUGUAGUUUGGAAUCAGUACGUUGUAGAAGAACUUAUUAACCACUUGGAUGUUUUUCACGUCAGAAUUAAAAGUAACAAAAAGUGAAAAUCGUUAUAUUGUUUUCUUGUUCAUAAAGGUUGAGGAAUCAGUUAAAAGAUCACAGAGAAACAAAAAGACUCUUUUUGACACAAGUUUUAAGGUACAUUAGUCCUGCUCUUCGUCUGAAUUCUUUAUUUAUUUAUGCAUGCGCUUAAUAUUACUUUUAGAUCGUAGUUUCCUCAUUGAAGUUAUAAUAUAUUGUAGUUUUUUUUAACACUCACCUGUUUAACAGAUUAAUUAUACGUUCACUCGGGAAAGACGCCGAGUGCAAAAUAUGCAAGACAAUUAAGUUCUGUUGUGUUAACCUUACAACCAAAAUGGAUUUACAUGUAACAUCAGGAUUGACAAUCGAGAGGCUUAAAGAAAACAUGGCUGAACCGCUGUUCUGCCUAAAAAAAUAUAUAGCAAGAUUAGAUUGGGGUAAGCAUGUUUUUAAACUUAAAAUAUUUUCAACGACUAAUAAAAUGAUCAUUGGAAUUGUCUUUCGUGUAACAAUGAAGAAUUUUAAAUGCAGACCUCGGAGGUUAUCUGCCUCGCUUUCAGCCUCGUUAGAUAUUACACCCUCUUCGAUCCGGCAUAACUGUUCAUGUCAUACUCAGCCUCAUCCAAUAAUUCGUCUAAAAAUAAAUCUAACAAUUUAAUAUUAUGCAAACUAAGAUCAUGUAAGAUGGUUGGUUCGUAUCAUACUCAGCUUAAAAAAAAUUAUGAACAAAGAUGUCGAGAGGUGGAUGCAGCAGAUGAAGCUUUCAAAAAAUCAGUUUCUCUCGCAAGCAAGGACGAAGAAAAGGUAAUGAAAUUAAAGUGCUCAUACAGACUGUACCUUCACUAGCAAAGGCUAAAAAAUCUUUUUGGUAUCUGGUUUAUGAACGACAACUUUCUUCAUUACAGGUCAUGUUUUAACACGGUUGUUUCAAAUCCAGGUUCUACAAAACGAUUGAUUUAAUACCAUUUUCAUUGCAGCUGUAAGUGGAUCCAUCAAUACUUCUGAAAACGUUAAGUUAUCUUUAAAGUGUUCAAAACUGAAGAUCAGCGACCGUUGUGAUCUGUAACUGAGAAGUUGCAGUUGCCAUAAUAAUCAAGGUUGACCUUUUCACAAAGUUUAAGCUGAAAAUUUUCCAGUAUAAAACUCCUUUACUUUUUCAACAAUUUACGGUGUAUUUGAAAGCGCUUAGUUAGUUGCCAAGACUUGCUUAUCAGGUGAGCUAUUCCACAGUGCUACCUUUUGUCGCUCUCACUUUUAAUUAGGUCAUUUUGUUUUCUCUGCAAUUAAGUUACAUGCAUUAAAAAAAGCAGCAACAUUUAAGGUAAUCCAAGACAGUUUUAAAUUCUGGAUUCCGCGCCUUGGAUUUGGACUUCAGGAACUGGAUUCUGGAUUCUUGUCACUUGGAUCUGGAUUCCAAUUAUUAGUGGGAUUCCAGAUUCCUUGAGCUGUAUUCCAGAUUCCAAAGGCUAGGAUUCCGUAUACCACAAGCGAAAAUUUCCUAGAUUCCGGAUUCCGCAAACACGAAUUUCCCGGAUUCAAAUAACGAAACUUACAGUAGUCCAUUUUCUUGUCAAAUAGCUGAGAACUCGACUUGGCAAAGCAAAGACAGCAGUCGAACAAGCAGGUGAGAAAAUCAGUCCCAUUUCUUAAAGGACCUGUGUCACGAAAUUUAUCAAAGUUGUAACGGUGGUAACCGCCAACAAACUGAGUGAAGUACAAAAAUAUCUGCUUAAAACUUGCAAAGAAAGUAUAAAGACAAACUUGAAGAAGGCUGAAACGGAGUACAUUUGUGGUUGUCUUUCAAAGUUCAGUUUGGCGUGUUAAUUGGCGAGCACCAUCUUAUUUAGUGACCAGUUACCAGAGUCUAAGCGGACAAAAUUGUUAGUAAAUCUCUAAAAUCCAAGCCUCAAUUAAUCGGCCUCUUGUCCUUUCCGCGGAGGGUGGCCGCUUGAUGUUGGUUCGAAUGUACAUUAAUAUACUUGCUUUUUUAUUAUUAUUUUUAUUAUUAAUUAUUAUUAUUAUUAUUGUUACUAUUUAUUUUAUUUUAUUUUUAUUUUUAGAUUCAGCUUACCAGAAUUCAGUACGCCAACUUGAAGAUGCGCGUCUGCUGUGGGAAAAAGAAAUGGAACAAUGCUGCGAAGUAAGAUUCUUUGAUGUUUUUGCUCAUUGAAGAGUGAUUACCUCAGACAUAAUGAAUCAGUCGCCCCGUUUGCCAAAAAGCUGAAUAUAUACAGCGCCAACUGCAGUGUAAUACCGUAUUGUUAAGUUAUCGCUUGUAUGGUCAUUUCCCUUGGCUUUUAUCUACAAAGUCACAGGCCCCCGAGAUAAACUCGUCUCCCCGAAAUGUCCAUUUGCUACCAGCGAGCAUCAUUGCGCGCAAUAUGCAGGAAAAAACAUGGCGGUUGAUCUGUGAACUCUCUUCCUUUUCCGAAAUUGCUAAACUCAAUGGCAGGAGAUACACUGAGUCUGUUGACAUAGUGAGACCCAAGCCUUUUAAAAAGAUAAUGGACGUUGGGAGGUGAUGCAUUGGCUCCUUUUUCUUUUCUCAGUGCUUGGAGACCAUGUAUGACCAUGUUGCCCCUUUCUUUCCGGUCAUCAUUUGCAGCGUUACUAUUACUUGAAUUAUUUUGUACUCAUAUAACAGAAUACCUGUAAAACCUUUAUUGCUAUCAUUGUAAUUAUCAUUAUUACUUCUAUACUCUUUCUGUCUUCAAAUAGGUUUUUCAAGUUUUAGAGGAAGAAAGGAUCGCAUUUUUGCGGAAUGCCAUGUGGGUGUAUGCCAACAUUACUUCCCUAAAUUGUGUCAAGGUCGAUGAGGUGAGAAUGUUAUUAAACUUCAAAAAGGACACUGGCGUUAAUAUAGAGUUUAUAGUAAAACUCGCAACAGUGCAAAAAUUGUUAUUUAGAUGCCGUGGGACGCCAAUGUUGGUAGCACGUACAUGGCUCACCAAGAUUAAAAUUUAGCCACAGAGCCCUCCAAGUUGUGGCAGAAGCGGGUGACAAUUGUUCUAAUCAUUAUUGGAUCGCUGGGAUUCGUGAAGAGGAUCCUCAUCAAGCCUCUAAAUCUCUUUUCCAUCAAGGCCAAGUUAUACAACAACAACCUGCAAAAGAGGCGAAUGCCAAACGAAGAUUUUUAACUUGCUGCUUAGAGGACCGGUUGUACUCCGCCUAGUGAAGAUGAUGAUGAUGAUAAGUAAUGGUAACAGGACUGAGUGGAGUCCAAUUCGGUCUGUAAUCAUACGAGUGAUUAACAAAAUCGGACGACCGCGUAGCGGGAGUCCGAUUUGUUUAAUCACGAGUAUGAUUACAGAACGAAUUGGACGACACAAAGUUUUGUUACCAAUUAAUCAUAACUUUAACAAAAUUUGUGAUAUAUUAGGCUCUUUUUUUAAUCAAAACACAAGAAAUUCAGAGAUGUUUUUUGCUAGCAGUAAAAAAAAAAAGCCAUUUAAGCGCGCGCGUGAUGGCGCGUACUGUCCAAUUACUUAGGCAUGACGCGUACUGUCCUAUUAGUAUAGGUGAUAGCAUGAGUUGUAGGUAUUUGGCAUAAAUACCACGAGUGAUAUUUCAAAAUUGUUAUACGAAAUUUCACGAGCCGUUAGGCGAGUGAAAUUUGAGACAAUUUUGAAAUAUCACGAGUGGUAUUUGUGCCAACUAUCACGUACAAAUCAUGCUAUUAUUUGUUUAUAUUACUACCCGCAAAAGAGUUGUAAUUUUCACAUGUAGGUAUUUCAAAUUAAGCUGAAAUACCACUGCUCUGAGCCAAUCAAAUUGCAGAAAUUUCUCAUGUAGUAGUAUAAAGGCUGAAAUCAGGGCAGUUGAUAGCCAAUCAGAUUUAAGAAUUUUGUUAUAGUUAUGAUUAUAACAAUAAUAUAAGUAAGAUGUUGAAGGAAUAUUGGUAAUUAAGGCCUUGCCACCGUGAUGAUGAUGAUGAUGAUGAUGAUGAUGGCGGCUUUUUAUUAUCUUUCUUCACUCUUCCUUUCCAUUGCAAUUAUAUUAUUAAAUGAUAAUUAUUUGAUUGUCGCAUACCAUGUUUCCUUUGUUCUUCCUUAUUAAACAGAUUUGUGAGGAGGUAAGAAAGAGUCUUGAACACUGCGAAGUAGACUCAGACAUUCAUCUUUUUAUCAGCAUGAAGCAGACUGGAAUGGAACGGCCAGGUAAGUUAGCUUACAAAACAUUAUCAAAUACCCUCUUACCAUCCUUUUCUCUCUUAUGUACAGUAAUCUUAGAAUAAAAUUCGUUUGGAUUUAGAAUUCCGUCAAGCAAGCCAUUCAAAUAGCACUGGUACUUAAUGUACAUGUACCCUGUAUGAAAACUAGGCUGACAAAACACUGCUUCACACUUGACUUAGGGCGGAAAUCUCUGGUAGACGUUCUACAAUAGGUGAAAACAAGAACACUGAAAAUACAUUUAGCUAUGUUAAGUGAGUAUUCAAACACCGUCAUUGCAAGUAAGGCACGUACAGUACAGUCUGAAUGAAUUGCUACUUGAAUUCACAAGAUCAGUGACUAUUGAUUCUCAAGAGCUGCAAAUCGUGUGUCGCCAAAAUUGAGGCGAGAUUGCUCAUUUUUCUUAAAGAGGCUCACAAACAGAAUGAAUUUAAUACUUGUGUCAUCGUUAUGAUCGAAGAGUUCCGUUUUUUUUAUCAAACCAUAGUAGUUGAAUAUUCAUCACAGUACAAUGAUUUUUUAUUUUCACUGUUGUUGAGAGAACUUGAUGAAGGUUCCACGUGAAUGUGAAGCAGUAUUUUUGAAGCCCAGUUUCCGCAUAAGGUUCGGGUGCUGCUUAUGUCGUUUAUUGACGAAAUACAAGAAUACAAACACAACUGCAACAACAACAAAAACAAUGGUCGAAAUUCAUUCCUUGGCUCCGAAGAUGAGGGGAGUAUAUAUAAGAAAUGCAUAGAGAUUCAAGGACCAUUUCUUUUGUACCCCUCCGCCUCGGAGUUACGUGUUUAUUUUAAUAAGAAGAACUAGUUUAUUAACAUAUCGUUUCAUUAUUGUCCACUGCAGCUCGAAUAGAAUAUGAGAAUUUUUACAUGGUGCAGUCAACACAAAAGGUAAUGCCGACGUCUAGUGGUUUCAAUAUCAGUGGUCCGAUGCCAGGAACAUUCCAGCAUUCCAAAGAAACCAACAUGGCACAACCAACCGGUACCCCGAAAUUACUUGGCCGAAGGCCCCAGAUCCCUAUCCCCGAUAUUCCUGUCCAGGCAGGUGAGUAAACCCUACUCUCCCACGCAGGCGACAUUUUGGUCGUCACGCAAUGAUAUCUCGAAGUAUUGCGUGACAACCUAAGGAGAGGCUGCUUAGGAGACUGAGUUGACUCAGCCAAUCAUCUGGAAAAAAAUGUAGCUAGGAAGGUUUACUUCGAGAUCUUUUCAAAUCUACUUUGGGAGGGAGUUAUCUUCUCAUCAUGCUUUCUUUGUGGAAGAAAUUACUUAGUUGUCCUUUUUUCUUUGUUGAAAUUUUCCUUUCGUUGCUAUCUUUGCUCUAAUGUUUUGCGGAAGGGUCAGCAAAUAUGAACGGUUACCGACAUGCUCCUGGUUAUGUUUAGUUUUCCCAUUUUUGCGGUAGUGUGGAAUUUGGCUUAUCUUACCUCAGGGAAACUGGCAAAUAACUAGAUUGUACCGUCCUGUUAUUUUCCCUCAAAUUGUUCUUCACAUAAAAGUGGAAUGCUCGAUGUGAGAUAUUUCUUACCAUUUCAGUGAUAAGCCACGUAUUAAUUAUAAAGAAUGCGAGAAUAGUUCGGCAUUCUUCCAGUGAAACCACAUGAGUUUUAAAUAUUUUAUUACGUCAUUUCUAUGGUCUAUAAGAGUGCAGACCAUGGAAAGUUGAGGUCGAUUUGUUAAAUACUCCCGAAAACUGUUUAUUUCAAACUUCGUGUUAUUCACGUGCAUAGUACACAUAAUGUAUGAAAGGACAAAGGGGUGGGAUCCUUAAGACCAAGACCUUUAUUGGGAAAGCAAAGAAUACAAGCUUUUAAGCUUGUAGACCACUUAGACCUCUUAAAAGAGGUAUAUUCUCUAUUGUUUGUUGUUCUUUCUUAUUUUGCAGGGCCUUUAGAUGAAUCGAUGUAUUCCACAGUAGACGAGACAAACAAAGCAAAAAUUAAGGAACAGGUUUGUCGUGCGCAGUUUGAUUACGACGCACAAGGUGACCAGGAAUUAUCGUUCAAGGCAGGAGAUAUUAUAAAGAUUCUUUAUAAAGAGGACGAUACUUGGUGGUGUGGAGAAUUCAACGGAAAGAAGGGCAUGUUUCCAAAAGAUUUUGUAGACUUAUUGAAUCAUUGA